AUAUGUGGUGGUAAAAUGUUGUCGGCUUUCUGACCGGGAGUGAUUUGUAAAUGAAAAAAAGUGUGGUUAGAAGUAAUAUUAAUUGAAAAUUAUUAAAUCAGAUAUGACAACUAGAAUACUAUAUACAAAGGGUGCUAGAGUAUGGAUUCCAGAUCCUGUUGUAGUUUGGAAAGCAGCUGAAGUAACAGAAGAUUUUAGUGAAAAUAUUCUUUCAAUUGAAUAUGAAGAUGGACAAAAGGAAAUAUUACAAAUUGAAGGAAAUGAUAAAUUACCCCCAUUAAGGAAUCCAGAAAUUUUAAUUGGUGAAAAUGAUCUCACAUCUUUAUCUUAUCUUCAUGAACCAGCUGUUUUAUAUAAUCUUCAAGUUCGUUUUUGUAAUCAAAAUGCUAUUUAUACAUACUGUGGUAUUGUCCUUGUUGCGAUUAAUCCUUAUGAAGAAUUACCAAUAUAUGGAAAUGAUACGAUUUUUGCAUAUCGAGGCCAAGCGAUGGGAGAUCUGGAUCCUCAUAUUUUUGCUGUGGCAGAAGAAGCAUAUACACAAAUGGAAAGGGAAAAUGAAAAUCAAUCUAUUAUUGUUAGUGGAGAAUCUGGAGCUGGAAAAACAGUUUCCGCGAAGUAUGCUAUGAGAUAUUUUGCAACAGUUGGCGGUUCUUCAACAGAAACACAAAUAGAAAAGAAAGUUCUUGCAUCAAAUCCCAUAAUGGAGGCUAUUGGAAAUGCUAAAACAACAAGAAAUGAUAAUAGUUCAAGAUUUGGAAAAUAUAUUGAAAUAGAUUUUAAUCAAAAGUAUCAUAUUAUUGGAGCUAAUAUGAGAACAUACUUACUAGAAAAAUCUCGUGUAGUUUUUCAAGCAUCAGAAGAGCGUAAUUAUCAUGUUUUUUAUCAGUUAUGUGCUUCUGCAGACUUAGAAGAAUUAGCUGAUCUUCAAUUAAGUGAUCAAAGAACUUUUCAUUAUACAAACCAAGGAGAUUCUCCAAUUAUUUCUGGGAUUGAUGAUGCUAAAAAUUUUCAAGAAACAAAAAAUGCUCUUAGAUUAUUAGGAUUUUCAGAAAGUCAGCAAAUGUCAAUAUUUAGGAUUCUUGCAUCAAUUCUUCAUUUAGGAAAUGUAAAUAUAGUUGAAGGUGGAGAAACAGGAGAUGAUACAGAAUGUUGUUCAGUUUCUGAAAAUGAUCCUCAUUUGUUAGUAAUGACAGAACUUCUUGGAAUUGAUUAUAAUCAACUCAGUCUCUGGAUCUGCAAUAGAAAAAUUCAAAGUAUGAGAGAAAUAAUAACAAAACCAAUGACUCCAGAUCAGGCUGUAUUUUCUAGAGAUGCUUUAGCAAAGCACAUCUAUGCUUGUUUGUUUAAUUGGAUUGUAUCUCAAAUAAAUAAAUCACUUGCAUCAAGUGAUAAAAUAAAUAGAUUUAUAGGAGUUUUAGAUAUUUAUGGGUAA